AAUAACACCACAAACACAUGCCUUCUAAGUUGUCAUUGAAACACUCCACAAACGCACAAUGGAACCAAAGCUGACCCAUCUUUGUUAUUGCCUUCUACUUUUUCUUCCACUACUCUCUCAAUCCACCAUAGCCAAUCCUUCAUCAUCACCAAACCCUAAUCAAAGCAUCAACUUCAUCGUAUCUUCAUGCCGCACCACGCGUUACCCUAAGCUCUGCAUCAAAUGCCUCGCGGCUUUCGCCAGCAGAAUCCACCACAACGAAAACCGGUUAGCUCGAACCGCUUUAGCCGUUACUCUAGUCAGGGUUCGGUCCACAACGGUCUAUGUAGCUAAGCUGACUAGAGCAAGAAGAAUCAAACGCAGAGAGUACUUAGCCGUGAAGGAUUGUGUUGAGAAUCUUGGAGAUGGCUUAGGGAUGUUGGUUCAGUCAAUGAGGGAAAUGAAACAAGUGGGUCGAUCUGGUCGUAGUCGGGACGAGUUCUUGUGGCGGCUAAGUAACGUUGAAACUUGGGUUAGUGCUGCUUUAACCGAUGAGACAACGUGUCUUGAUGGGUUCGAUGGAAAGGUUAUGGAUGGUGUGGUGAAAUCGGCGAUUAGAAGAAGAGUUGUUCAUGUGGCUCGAGUUACUAGUAAUGCCUUGGCUCUUGUAAACCGGUUCGCAGCUCUGCACUAAUUAGGUUUUGUCAUUUCUUCUGGUUUUGUUUAUGUCUCUUAAUGAUAGUUUGUAUUUAUGUAUUACUGUGAUGUUUAUGCCUUUACCAUGGUGUUGAGAAGAGUGAACAAUGAUGAUGAUUGGAUUUAUGGGAAAAUGGUCACAAAAUUACGAGCUA